AUGUACUCCAAGGCUACCAUUGUCUCCCUCUUCCUCGGCCUCGCUGCCGCGCAGCUUCACGCCCCCGUUGGCGAGCCCAAGGGUAACCCCAUCACCCGUCCUUUGAACGAGGUUGUCCCCACGUGUGAGAAGUUCACCAUCACCUGGGAGCCCACCACGCCCAACACCGUCUCGGUCCUUCUCCUCAAGGGCCCUUCGACCAACGUUGUCAAGUUUGGCCCUGCUCUUGCCCAGGGCAUUGCCAACAGCGGCAGCCUUUCGUGGACUCCCGCCUCGGACCUGCCCCUCACCGAUGGUCCUACCGGCUACGGCAUCCAGAUCAUCGACGAUGUGACUGGCCAGUACCAGUACAGCACCCAGUUUGGUAUCAAGGCUGGUGCCUGCAACGCCGCCCCCAAGCCUUCCUCCGCUCCUGCUCCUUCCGCCACCCCCGAGGCCGCUAAGCCCAGCACCCCCGCUGGCGGCUACGCCAUGAACACUCCGGUUCCUCAGUCCACCCCCGGCUACGCUGCUCAGCCUCCUUACCCCACCACCGUUGCCACCUCGACCUCUUCCUGCCCUCCUACCGCUGCUGGAACUGGUGCUCCCCACACCAACGGAACUGUCCCCGGUGGCGCUGCCUCUCCCUCUGGCACUGGCAACUCCACCCACCCCCACCUUCCCGAGGUCUCGACCAGCGGUGCCGCCAACCUCAAGGCUACCCUCAGCCUUGUCGGUGCCGCCGCCGUCGCCAUGGCUUUCAUGCUCUAA